ACAUGUUCGACUAAUUGUAAUAAUUCUGAAAAAUACUCAGGAUAUUCUGUUCCCCCAUUUACUUAGUUUCACCAAAUCAACAUUCUUGAUGUCCCUCAAUUCAAUGUCCGUUGUCAACGUUGCCUCUAAACACCAACUUUUAAUAUCUGAAUUAGAGUCCACUGAUGCAAGUAAUAUUGGAUUAGUGAUUAGAGCUAUUUACGAUGGACAAGAACAUCAACAGUUCAUGGAAAAGCUGGAUGACCGAGUAAAGAGCCAUGACAAAGAUAUCGAACGUAUGUGUAACCAUCAUUAUCAAGGAUUCAUUGAUUCUAUUCGAGAGUUGCUGCAAGUACGAUCUCAAGCUCAGCAGCUGAAUAAUGAGAUCUUAGAGCUGGAUAAACGAAUAACAGACACUGCGAGUGCAGUUAUCGCGGAAGGGGAGGAAUUGGUGAAAGCUAGAAAGGUUGAAAAUAACAUGGCUGCUGCAGUUGAUAGUCUGACUAUGUGCCUUCCUGUUCUCGCUGCUUAUGCUAAGCUACAAAGACAAAUGAAAGAUAAACGCUAUUACCCAGCACUUAAGACACUUGAACAACUUGAGCAUCACGAUUUACCCAAAGUGACAAAUUAUCGGUUCUCAUCACAAAUCACUCAGCAAAUUUCAUUGCUUCGUGAAAACAUAAAAGACGCUUCUAUGUCUGAUUUAAGAGAUUUCUUGGAAAAUAUUAGAAAAUAUUCCCCCAAAAUUGGAGAAGUUGCUAUGAAACAUACUGCUGAACAAUUGAUUAAUGAGGCUGAAAUUGUUGGACGGAAAAAGAAGAGACAACCUACCCCACAUGUGAAUAUUCUAUCUGGCGAUACAGAAGAAGAAUUGAGCGCUCAAGAUCUCAUGGACUUCAGUCCGGUAUAUCGCUGUAUGCACAUCUACACCGUGCUUCGUGAAAGUGACACAUUCAAAGCUUAUUAUCGCCAGCAACGAAUGCAACAAGCCAGGCUUGUACUACAGCCUCCUAAUAAUAUGCAUGAGAGCAUAAUAGGAUAUCAAUCGUAUAUUCACGGAAUUCUUGGCUUCUUUGUCGUGGAAGACCAUAUCUUAAAUACUGGAAAUGGAUUAGCAACUCGUUCUUAUCUUGAGGAAGUUUGGUCCAUGGCACUCUCUAAGAUUGUAAAUGCCUUGAGAACACAUUCGGCUUAUUGUACGGACGCGACACUAAUUCUGAAGAUCAAAAAUUUAUUGAUGUUGUUCAACACAACGCUGAGGAAUUACGGCUAUCCUGUUAGCCAACUCUGGGAACUAUUACAAGAAAUAAGAGUCCACUAUAACGAAGUUUUAAUGCAGCAUUGGGUUCAAGUUUUUAGAGAUAUUCUAGAUGAGGACAGCUUUCUACCGAUCCAAGUUUCUUCCCAAGCUGAGUACGAUCAUGUACUCGGUUCGUUUCCGUAUCAUGAUGAAGCCUUGCAAAAGGCUGAGUUUCCAAAGAGGUUUCCCUUUUCUGUCAUGGUACCAAGAGUAUAUCAGCAAGUGAAAGAGUUCAUUUACGCCUGCCUGAAAUUUUCUGAAGAUCUUAAUCUCACCCAGACUGAAGUGGAUGAAAUGAUUCGCAAGUCGACUAAUCUAUUACUUACUAGGACCUUCAUUGGUUGUCUUUCAUCGCUAUUUCGAAAGCCAUCACUGGCGUUACUUCAGGUGGUACAGAUUAUAAUAAACACUGGCUACCUUGAAAGUUCUACUAAAUAUUUGGAAGAAUUUGUAUCAAACAUUACAGGUACACCUCACGAGGGUCAAUUGAGCUGUGGUGGAGUACAAUCAGCCAUGUUCCGUGUUGCGAGAGAAGAUGCGGAGAGACAAAUUUGUGAUAAAUUAGAACGUAAGCUAGACGAGUUCUUAGAAUUAGAAAAUUACGAUUGGAAUCUGGCAGAACCGCAAGGACAUGCGUCGAGUUUCGUUACGGAUCUCAUAGCAUUUCUACAAAGCAUUUUCAUGUGCUUCACGAAUUUACCUGAGGAGGUUGCACAGGUCGCGUGUAAAUCAGCUUGUUCUCACAUCGCAAAAGCUAUUCAAGGGAUCUUGAUCAGUGAUGACGUUAAACAAAUUUCUAUGGGUGCACUGCAACAAGUUAAUUUGGAUACUAUCCAAUGUGAACAAUUUGCGGCGUCAGAACCAGUGGUGGGAUUGCCAGAAGGCGUAUUGCUUCAGUAUUUUGCGGAAUUGAGACAGCUUCUUGACUUGUUUAUGAGCUGGGACUGGCCCACUUAUUUUCAUGAUUAUGGCCACGAAUCUAGCAAAUACAAUUUAGUUACUCCCAAUACAGCUGUUGUACUUCUUGAAAAGUUAAGGGAGUCUGAUAAAAAAACAGUAUUUUCUGUUCUGAAGAAGAGUGAACGUGAUAAGAAGAAACUCUUGGAAACUGUUUUAAAGCAGUUGCGGCAGUUGGCACAAACUACGCAGCAGUAAUUCGAUGACUUAUAUCAACAAUCGAGACGUGGAAUAUGACACGGUCGUAGGCUAAAGUAAUUUGCAGCCCAAAGCCCUGAGAUCCGCUUUCAUUGAGGAAACACUCGCUUUAGGCAGAGGGGUCAAUGGAGCUCUUGGAGGCCCACAGUCAAAUUCAGUUAGAAGUGCCAUUGCAACUUUCAUCGUCGCCACCCAGCUGCCUGAAAUCAUUUUAAUAAUGUACAUUUAGUGAAUCUGUGUAGACAUUGAUCAGCAACGAAGUAGCAUUGAUCCUCGUGUCAUCUGAUACCCAAUGGAUAGCUACCAUAUUUCGAAACUGCGACCACAAACUUUGUAAGCUUUUCUUGCAAUUCUCGAGCUUUUUGGACCUCCCCUGCUUUAGUGGCUUCCAACAUGUCAAUCGCCAGAUCAGGAUACAUAUUCAAUGUUGUGGCCAUGACAGAGUCUAUCCCCAAGGUAAAAGCACCAGCCAUUAACUGAAAUACGUUGACAUAUUUUUUAACUACUUCGAUUGUUCUUUGUUAUGAGGCACAUUGUUGAAUUACCAAACGUUGCUACAAAGAAAAUUGAUUUAUAAUUUUAUUCUGCAAUACCUGAUCAUUGCCGAGAAAGAGAGCAAAUUCUUUAUUGUUCGUGUGAACUACAUGCAUUGCUUCUUCAAGGUUUGUGCUAGUGAACUUCAUACCAACAAAAGUUGGAAGCCUAUCACCAAUGGACUGCACGAAUUGAGCCAUGUUAACUGAAAGCAUAAUCAUCAGCUCAGUAAUUGGCAUUUUAAAACAGUAUUUUCUACACAAAUUGAAAGCAAUAGCGGUUGCUCGAAAUAGAAAUGAGAAUUAAAUUCCCAUUUCAUAACUUAUCAUUUCGAUAGGUAGAGUAAUUUAGUUAGCGAGUAUUCGCAAUCGGGAGCGAAUUGAAUUAAGACUCCCAGCUGUACCGUACUCACUAUUAACGCCCGAUGCCAACGGAUAGUUAUAGUAAAGCAGCGGCGUUUUGGGUGCUGCUUCACCUAUAUCCUCCAAAUAGGCUAUCAACUGUUCUGGAGUUGUAGGUUUGAAGUACAGUUCUGGAAGGGUGAGAAGAGAAUCAACGCCAAUACUUUCACCAUGUUUUGCCUGUAAUAAAAGCAACAUUUUUUUAUCA